AUGGCUGACUGGCCUGGGUCGGUGUUCCCUGGCCGCCAGGCACGGGUUCCCGGGGCCUCUCGUAAGGCCGCAGGUACACUCUAUUGUUAUGCCACAGACUUACUGUACAAGUUUCUGUUCUCAUCACUUCAAGAAGCCUUUUCUAUUCUUUGUUUACAUCAGAUCCAGAUUUUCAUCAAAAAGUUGUCUUGUACUGAUCUCUUGGUUCUAAAAAAGAAAGCAGAAGUGGAAGCAGCUGUGAGAAGGAAGAUUGAGUUUGAGAGAAAAGCUCUACAUAUUGUUGAACAGCUUUUAGAAGACAAUAUUACAGAAGAAUUCCUAUUGGAGUGUGGAAAGUUCAUCACAUCUGCUCACUACAAUGAUGUCGUGGAUGAGCGUUCUAUUAGCAAACUCUGUGGCUAUCCUUUAUGUCAGAAGAAGCUGGGAAUUGUACCAAAACAGAAAUACAAAAUUUCUACCAAAACCAAUAAAGUCUAUGAUAUUACUGAAAGAAAGUCUUUUUGCAGCAAUUUUUGUUAUCAAGCAUCUAAGUUUUUUCAAGCACAAAUUCCUAAAACUCCACUAUGGCUUCGAGAAGAAGAAAGGCAUCCUGAUUUUCAGCUGCUACAGGAAGGACAAAGUGGCCAUUCUGGAGAAGAAGUACAGUUAUGCAUUCAGGCCAUUAAAACAUCAGAUAUUGACAAUCCUGGUCAUUCUGAAAAACACUAUGAAUCUAGUUCUUCUAGCACUCAUAGUGAUAGUAGCAGUGAUAACGAGCAAGACUUUGUUUCCUCCAUUCUUCCAGGAAACAAACCAAAUGCAACGGGUAUAAGGCCACAGCUGCACCAAAAAAGCAUAAUGAAAAAGAAAGCUGGUCACAAAGUUAACUCCAAACACAAAGACAAAGAAGAUGCAGUAGUAGAUGUCACUGAGCAGUUAGACAGUUGCAGAUUAGACAGUCAGGAGAAAGCUGCUGCUUGUGUACUUCCUUCACAGAAUGUAAACACUCAGAUUGCUUCAGAUAGUUCUUUACAAGAAAAAUUAGAAGCUUCAGAAAAUUCUGAAAAUAAAUACAUUACAUCAGAAAUAACUCUAGUAGGCAUAAGUAAGAAAAGUGCAGAACAUUUUAAGAAGAAAUUUGCCAAAUCAAACCAAGUUUCUAAGUUGGCCUCCAGUUCAGUGCAAGUUUGUCCUGAAGUUGCAAAGGCAAACUUACUUAAAGUCCUGAAGGAGACUUUAAUUGAGUGGAAGACAGAAGAAACUUUGAAGUUUUUAUAUGGUCAGAAUUAUGCUUCUAUGUGUCUGAAACCCCCUUCAGCUUCUUUAGUUGAAGCAGAAGAGCUUGAUGAAGAUGACUUAACCUCUGACCCAGUCAGUCAUUCACUUGCCUUAAGGGACUCUCAGAACAGCUUGGAUGAGGCUUUGCCUUUUAUGGGUUCAGAUACAGCCAUUAAACUAUUGCCAAGUUAUGAGAACUUGAAAAAAGAAACUGAAACAUUAAAUAUAAGGAUCAGGGAGUUUUUUAGAGGACAAUAUGUUUUGAAUGAAGAAUCGACCAAAGCACAAGACUCAGAAGAGCAUGAUCCUACCUUUCCACUGAUUGAUUCAAGUUCUCAGAACCAGAUUAGAAAACGCAUCGUACUUGAAAAAUUGAGUAAAAUAUUGCCUGUAUUUUUGGGGCCUCUUCAGAUUACAUUAGGAGAUGUUCAUACACAACUUAAAAAUCUUGUCCGAACUUUCAGAUUAACAAAUAAAAAUAUUAUACACAAACCUGCAGAAUGGACCUUAAUUGCUAUGGUGUUGCUGUCAUUACUGACCCCAAUUCUUGGUAUUCAGAAGUGUUCUCAGGAAAAUGUGGUGUUUACACAGUUUAUAGCCACCCUGCUUGACGAAUUACAUUUAAAGAAUGAAGACCUUGAAAGUUUAACCAUCAUAUUUAAAACCCAGCUGUUAACAAGAGUGAAAUACUUGGAUUUUGAAAAACUGAUUAUUGAUGAACAAACUGGGAGGGAAAUGGAGUGGGAUCAAAUGCCUUUGAAUCUAAGAAGUGGCACCAAGACAUGA